CAUAAGGUUGCUUGAAACAUGAAAAAUAAAUAUUCAACACUCACACAAACUAUUGUUGUUGUACAUACAUAUUAUAUAGGGAAUAUUACUGGAGUGGCAGUCCUUGGUCGGAUAUGCAUCCGUCUCAUUUCCUCUAAAACAGAACAAAAAACCACUUUAAUGCGAACAAAACCUAUAGAUUUGUUUACAACAAAUUGUCCUACUCUGUAACGCGAUUCUCAAAUUACUAGCGAUCGAGAUUCGUUAUUGUUGUCGAGCGACGUUUGUAGCUUGCAGUAAACACCCUUAGCGACAAAAUUCGUUAAGUACAUCGUUGAAAAAGAUAAUGAUGUUCGUCGUUAACUUCAAAAUAUUAUGUGGCAACUUUGGCUAUUCGCAUUUAUUAUUGGAUAUUUAUAAUCUGAAAGAGAUAAUUUAAAACAUUUAUUCGUUGGCGAUUUCGUGAAUGAAAUUAAUAAAAAACAACAAAAAUGAAUAAAAGAAGCCGUGGUGGAAGGACGAGGCUAGAGCAAUACAAUAAAAUGAUCGACUUUUUUUUGGAAAACAAAGGUCUGGCGGAUGGGAAGUUUAGUACCAUUCACGGACAGAUCAAGGCUUCUCAGAAAUGGGCGGAGCUAGCAAAGUUACUUAAUAGCGUAAAUGGGGCAGAAAAAUCUGCAGCUCAAUGGCAGGUGGCUUGGCGUGAUUUGAAAAGUCGUACAUCGUUGAAGGCAAGACAAAGGAGAAAAGGAAUGGCUGCCACUGGAAACAUUAAAGCAACACUCACAGAACUGGAACAAAGAGUGUUGAGCUUACUAGGCAUGGAUUAUGUCAAAGGAAGCAGUCAAUGUUUUAAAAUUAUUCCUGAAGAUGAUAAUCUGCAAAUGGCUUUAGAAGAUGAGAAUACAGUGGUCUCAAAUGAGGCGGAAGUCCAGACUACAGAGCUCACUACACUAAAAAACGAUGUCGAUAUGCCCAACCCAAUGAGAGCAAAUAAGCGAAACGCCGAACAUGAAAAUGCAGGAGACAAUUUCGCAAAAAUUGCAACGCAUCAGGCAGAAACAAUGCUAAUGCAGGCUGAAGCCGCCAAAAUACAUGCCGAGUCAGCAAAAUUGCAGGCAGAGGCAAUGCUGCUGCAAGCGCAAGCGUUUGAUCGAGUGGCAUCAUCUCUCGAAAAACUAACUAAUGAUAUACGCAUAUUUAUUAAAAAAUAAAUGAAACAAAAAGUGUAAUAAUAUA